GUGUAGCCUGAGGUAAAUAAGUGCAAGAGAUGACUGUUGCUCCCCCUCACCCUCACCAACAAAACCGAGGUCGACCUCCAUACCUCUGAGCGAGACAAAGAGGGAGUUUUUGAAGUGCAUUCAUAAAAACACCGGGCGCUUGGAUGGUAUGGCUAAGUCGAACAGCGCGAGUUUUCCUCACACGACACCGAACGGGUCCAGUCGCCAUGAGAAGAGUUUGGGUCUCCUGACAGUCAAGUUCGUUACUCUGCUUCAGGAGGCCAAAGAUGGAGUGCUCGAUCUCAAAGUGGCUGCAGACAGUUUGGCCGUCAAACAGAAGAGGAGAAUCUACGACAUCACCAAUGUUCUUGAAGGCAUUGGGCUCAUCGAAAAGAAGACCAAAAACACCAUUCAGUGGAAAGGGGAGAGUUCAGGCUGCCAGCCUCAGGAAGUUCUUGAGCAGGUAGAACUCCUCAAGGCAAAUAUUGCUGAUCUGGAGAUCCAAGAGAGAGAACUGGACAUGCAGAAAGCGUGUCUGCAACAAAGCAUCAAACACCUGAAUGAAGAGCCCUCCAGCCGCCGAUACAGCUACGUGACACAUGAGGACAUAUGUGAUGCAUUCAAUGGAGAUACCCUUUUAGCUGUCAUGGCACCAUCAGGAACACAACUGGAGGUCCCAGUGCCUGAGAUGGGCCACAAUGGUCAGAAAAAGUACCAACUGAACUUGCGAAGUCACUCGGCUCCCAUCCAGGUGAUGCUGAUAAACAGAGAGACAAGCUGCUCCAAGCCUGUCGUUGUCCCUGUCCCCCCUGUAGAUGACAUUUCUGCCAUGCCGACUCCUCCUAGUACUCCAGCAGGGGUGCAGAGGUUCCCCAUUUCUUCAGCAGAGCUUAGUGACCUAAAGUGUGGGCCACUUAAAAGCCCCGCUGCAGAGCACCAACUCACACCGUCCUCCACGUCCCCCGACAUGCACAUGGAAUGCAACUCUGAGUCUCCUGUCAGUCAGUGUUUGUUGAUGCAGGGGUCUCUAGCUGCUCCUGAAGAACAGCAGAGGGAGAUGGGGGGUCAGGAUCUGCAGUCCAUGCUGGAAGAAAUGAGGGAUGAGAGAGAAGGUGUUUCUAACCUCAUUGAUGAAUUGAUGUCUUCAGAUGUUUUCCCCCUGUUAAGACUUUCACCCAACCCCGGUGUGGAUUACAAUUUCAACCUUGAUGACAACGAGGGAGUCUGUGACCUUUUUGAUGUGCAGAUUCUUAAUUAUUAAAGCAUGAUUCAUGCCCCCCCCCACUGCCAACGGCUGCAUUCCUGCCUCAGCGUCUGCUCCCUGAACCUUGGCUUGCACUCGGUUUCACAUUCAUUUACAUGAAGUCCUUAACAGUGUUGUCCUGUCUGCCCUCAACAGUGACUGAUGUUCUGUACAGGAAAGCUAAACCUCUUCCUCCUGUACUUUAGAUACUUGUGUGUCUAAUGUCUUUUCGUUUGAUAGUUACUUGCUUUCAGUUUAGUUACUUAACUCGUUAUUAAAGAGUGAUGGUGUAAUUCAUAGAGGUGAAUGGAGGGCAGUGGAAUGUAAUAUGAGGAAUUAAAACCACCCAAAUAUGACACACAAAGUACACAAAACAUUGUACACUUGUUGGAACAUGUGCCUUACGAUCAUUAUUUUCCUCCUUUUUGUGCCAUCCCGUCUUAUUCUUCACGAUACGUUACAAACAGUUCUAACUUCAUCUUUUUUUAUCACAUAUUGUGAGCUUGAGCUCUAGAGUUUGAUAAUAUCAUUUAACCACACACACACAGACACAGUUUUCAAUUGCGUGUUUAACUAUUUAAUCACAACACUAAUUAUUUGUAUGUUUUGAAGUUCAUUGAUAGAAACACUGUGACACUCAUAUGUGUGUAUUUAUAUUGAGUUAUUGUUUGUCUUUGUUACUGACUGCCAUGUUGGAAUAUCACGAUGCUGUUCAUUUUGUUGUGAAAAGCUCAUUUUUGUUUUUUGUGUAGAGGCAAUCCUACCUAAUUUAAGAAGUGGACAGAUAUAAUUUGAACUGUAGUGUUUUUGAUUCGGAGGACAGAUGUUAAACUGCCUUGGAUAAUCUUUGUUUAUACGUUCCAGAUUGUGCCUUACGCAGGUUUUUUUUUCCAUUACUGUAAGUAACUUAUUUAAUCUCUAUGUAUAGGUUUUCUAAUCAAAAGAGCAAAGGUUUUGUUCUGUUGCACUUUUUUAACCAAAGUUUUAUAUAUAUAUAUAUAUAUAUAUAAAAAAACUCUUGCUGUUGCUCAAGUACUGUGAUAAUUUUUGUUUUGUGUGGAAUUUCGUCUUGGAGAAGAAACCUAUUUUCUGUAACACUGCAAUAUAUCUCACAUGAAGCAUUCUUUUGGGUUGUGUCACAAUCUCUCCCUUUCCUUAAGUGGCUCAAGGCUCUGUUUUCACUCUUUUACUGGUAAUUUCACAUAGGUUUAAAUAUACUAGGUAUCGUGUAACCUUAACAAACCAGAAGGGGGUAGCAAGAACUAACUUUCCUGGAACUGGCUGAGCAAAUGAUAGUUUUGCAAAUUGUUUAACUUAUCAAUGUGAUCAAUGCUUCACAAUCUUGUACGUGUCCGCUCCUCUCUGAUAGAUAGUUCAUGGUUUUUUAGCACAGGGUUAAAUAGCGGUUUAGAUUUAGCUCUUUAGAUUUAAUACCUUUUAUAUCAGUAUGCACAGUCAAAGGUUUGGUCGAAACUAGGUAAACGUUACACAUUUUAGAGUUUCUUUGAUAUUUCAGUUAUCCAAGAAACCUGUAUUAUUCAGUUAACCAAAAUGAAAACCCUGCUGUACUGUAGUUUAAAAAACGGUUAGUCAAAUCAAACUUGCUUUCAAAUGUAUUUGCAUUCCUCGCUGAAGCAUCUUUUGAGAAGCAAAACAUCUAGGCUUCUAUCAGUAUGGCGAAGGUCCGAUGGGUUUGAUUGGAAAUCGUUUGGAUACUUCAGAUGGUGUUAAUACAAAUGCCAUGUCACCCUUGUGACCCAUAGCAAUUGGCCAAGAUUGCUGCUCUGGUUCUCCUCAAAUUCUUCAGAACAUAUUUGAACAUCCUGAACUGAUAUAUUUAUGUAGGACUGAAGAGUUAACUGCAUGGAAUCAAUUAAGAAUGGAAAAAAACAACAACUGAAAAUGUGCGCAAUGUAUAGGCUUUGAUAAAAUCAGUGAAUAUGAUAUUCUUCUGUAUAGAGGAGCAUUCUUUUAUCAUGAUGCUCGCUUCAUAAGAAUUGGCCUCUUUUUUUAUGGUGAAUAAUCGCAUUCUUUUUAAAUAAAAU